CCUCCAUAUCACGCCAUAAAGGAAGGGUCGCAGAGAAAAGUUUGAGCUGAUUCAUUGUGCCUGGGAGAUGGAGGCUUUGUAUCAAAUGCUGCUCAUUAUAGCAGGCGCUUUCUCUUGCCACGGGCUCUAUUUUGUCUCCAGGUUCCUUCUCCUUCCCGGUAAAGUCAAGGAACUGGUGGAUAAAAGCGGAGAACUCUGCAACAAGCCCGGGCACGCUGCAGCCGUUGUAGCUGAAAAGAUCGUUGGGCUCUACGUCUCAACAGUUUGUGGUCUCUCUGGAGUGGCUAUUCUAAAGGACACUUACCAUGAUGUGGUAUACUCUAAGACUUCACUUAUCCUUCCUUGUACUUGUUACAUUUACUGGUAUUUUAUCCAUGAUCUCUACGCAAUGUACCAGACGUUUUGCUUCAGUCGACUCGGUGCUACACUAGUCAAUUUCAAAGCAAAGCUGUCAAAGUUUCUUUAUCACAAAAGAAUAUUCAUUUUCCACCACUUCAUCCUUCUCACAUUAGCUAUACCAUUUGCACAAGGAAAGAUUAUUAACAACAUAGGCGAUGGCCUGAUGGGACUUCUCUACAUCAUGGAACUAAGCACUCCAUUCAUAUCAAUGCACUUCAUCUUUGAUCACACGUCAUUAAAAGACUCCAAACUUCAACAAGUCAACGGAAUCAUCUUCAUUGUCGUGUUCUUCUUCGUCCGAAUCCUAUCCAUACCUUUCAUGUACUGGCUAUACGCCAUGCAGCAUCACAACGGGAACAUAUUUGCGGCCGUCAACAAGAUGGGGUGGUACUGUCACACUGCAGCUUGGACCAUGUUCCUAAUUCAGUUCACCUGGUUCAUCGCCGCCUUUUGUAAAGUUCUGAGAGGUGCUAGAAGACUGUAUUAUAGAAGUGAGGAGAAGAGCAAAUUAAAAGUGUCAUGAUUAUUAUAAUCGUAUCUUAAAUUAAAACCGGAUGCUCCAUUCUGUAUUUUAUUGACUUUUUAAAAUACAUUAUUGAAUCACCGUUAUUAAUCCAACCCCCAGGUUAUUAUUAUCAUUAUUAUUGUGAUUAAAUAUUAAUUUUUGUCUUUAAAAUCAAAAACAUUAUCCCAGCUGGUAAUUC